CUCAAAGAAUCGCGCCAGUUAAGACUCGGUCGAGCAGCGGCGGUGGCGCCAAGCAGCCAAUCAGAUCGCGCAGAGCUCGAAAUCGUGUCACUAAGAGCCCCCUAAAUAUACGCUCGGAAGCCCUAAGUCGCUGCUCAUGGGAUUCUUGUGUGACCCCUGGCUACAACGACCUGUCAUCAUUGCUGCAAGCUGCUUAGUGUUGGGCAUUCUGGUUGUUGCGGUCAUCCCGUAUGGCAUGGGAGCAUCAGAAAGUGGAGGAGCCAGCUACUCAGCAGGGAUCUUUCCACAGUUCGCUGUGCGGCAAGGGCUUCACAUGCUGGCGGGCAGAGGAAUUGACGUACACGCUUCAUGGGAUUCUGAGGCGCAGCAUGAGCGAUUGCUUAGAGAAGCGAUCCAAACAAUGGAGGAGAACAUCAUGCGCAGGGAGAGCUACAUCAGUCCCUGGCACACCGGUCAUAUUAAAGACGAAAAGGAAGUCUACCUGAAGGAACUGAUGGAGUACUGGGUGCCCAUCUAUCCAUGCUAUCGCGAAGUUCGGUAUGGUCUGAUGGGGGACGGCGGAAAGUGGGUGUGCAAUGCGCACAGGCUUAACGGACAGAGCAUUAUUUACAGCAUAGGGAGCAACGCGCAGACAUAUUUUGAAAUGGAACUGAUCGGCGCCACUGGAGCGGAGGUCCACGUUUUCGAUUGCACCUUGAAGGAGGCGGACGUUGCGAAAGUGACCAGCCUGUCCCCGCUGCUCGUCUUCCACCCGUGGUGCCUUGCGGAUGAAACGAACCAGGAUAACAAUGUUUACAGCCUGACUGACAUCAUGCUGAACCUCGGGCACACCUUUGUGGAUGUGCUGAAAGUCGACUGCGAGAGGUGCGAGUACACCAGCUUCAAGUCGAUCCUGAAGCCGCAAGUCUCCAACCCACCUAUUGGACAAUUCUUGGUGGAGACUUAUAACGGGGCUGCCCUGGAGAAAGACGAUCACAAGAUUGUUGACACGUUCCUUAGGGAGUUGGAGUCCGCAGGGUUCCAAUUGUUUCACUUGGAACCAAACUGGCAAUGGUGGCCUCCAGGUGCUGAAUGGGCGUUUGUCAAUCCGUCAAGAUUGGGAUAGGCAUAGUCAACAAAGCAGAACACUUACGUUUAGAAUCUGAACAGAUUGAGUGAGUAGUUGGCAUGGAUAUCGGUCUUCCAGAAGCCACCUGAUGACACCAGCCAAUCCAUUGGGAGCGCCUCAGCUGGUUGACAAAGUCAUUGAAUCCUUCGACAAGCCAUUCUUCUGCGAUUGAUGCAGUGCCAGACCUCUAGUUGUUUGCCAAACGAGCAUUCAAACUAAGCGUGAGACACACAGUGAUGAGUCUGGCCAAUGCACAUGCACUGAAC